AUGGAAGUUUUAGAAAACUCAUGCAUUAAGGCCAAGACGAAGGUGAUGAAAGAAAGGAGGAAAACCCAUGAGGAGCAUUUUGAUAAAAUCUGGGAUUACCAAGCAGAGAUAUUGAGGAGCAAUCCUGGAUCAACCAUGGACAUUGAGACAAUACCAGGAGCCACGGUUGGAAGCAAGCAGAGGUUCUACAGGCUCUACAUGUGUUUCCAAGCACAAAAGGGAGCAUGGAAGAAGACUUGUAGGCCUGUUAUUGGCUUUGAUGGAGCCUUUUUGAAAUGGGACAUCAAGGGACAGUUGUUGGCUGCGGUUGGAAGAGAUGGAGACAAUAGGAUUGUCCCUAUUGCUUGGGCUGUAGUAGAGAUAGAGAAUGAUACAAACUGGGAUUGGUUUGUGAAGCGUUUGGCCUUGGAUUUGGGAUUGGAAGAUGGGAACGGCUUUGUUAUAAUGUCUGACAAACAAAAGGGAUUAGUGAAGGCAGUUCAUACCCUCCUUCCAGAAGCUGAGCAUAGACAGUGUUGUCGCCAUAUAUACGAGAACUGGAGGAAAGGUGGAAAAGAUCUAAGUUUACAGAGGUUCUUCUGGUUCAUUGCAAGGAGCUACACUCUUGGUAUGUUCAACUACAACAUGGACGAGCUUAAGAACUAUGAUCCUGGCGCACAUGCAUCUCUGAUAAAGACAAAGCCAGAGACUUGGUCUAGAGCUUUCUUCAAGAUAGGCUCCUACUGGAAUGAUAAUCUGAACAACUUGUGUGAGUCCUUCAACAAGACCAUCAGGGAGCCUAGGAAGAAGCCUUUGCUAGACAUGUUAGAGGAGAUAAGGCGCCAAUGUAUGACUAGGAACUACAAUAUGUCUAAGAUGACUAAGGACAGGAAGACUAGGUUCACCCAGAAGACACAUAAAGAGUUAGACAGGGUUGAGAAGAAGUCAAAAGAGUGUAGUCUGCGUUGGGAAAUUAGGCCAGAGACUGAGGUGGAGGAUAAAGACCAGUCAUAUGUGAUGAAUUUGGAGAAUGAGACUUGUGCAUGUCAAAGCUGGCAAAUGAAUGGUAUUCCUUGCAUCCAUGCUGCUAAGGUCAUCCUUGGUGUGAGAAAAAAACUUUCUGAAUUUGUUGCUCCUUGCUACACAACCUCUAAGUGGCGUGAAACCUACAGUUUUGGGAUCAGACCUGUAAAUGGGAUGAUAGAGUGGCCUCGGACCAAUAGAUUAGGUGUGAUUCCACCACCUAAUCGAAAUGGCAAGCCUGGUAGGCCUAAAAACCAUGAUCGAAAGUAG